ACUUGAAAGUGUCGGGAAUAUUUUCGGAUGCGGCCAAAAAGAUAGGGAGAUCUCUUGCGGCGGCCUUAUCAGUAAUCUGAGGUCACGGGUCAGGGGCCGAACUCUUAUCAAUUAUCAGCGGUGGCAAGGCGGCGGCGGCGGCAACGCGGACAGGCACAGUUUCGCCACGAACGCCGAGCGGCCAAACCAGAGAAGUCUGUAAAGGCCUUAAAAACAUGCAGCGAAUGCGCCCAAUCACACUGCCAAAUAAGCUUCGAUUGUGCUUUAGCCGGGACCUGAACACCGCCAGUCAGAAACUGGUUAACUCUGGAACUGGAACUCAGCUGGAAGUAGGAGGAGCUUUAACCCGCCGCAUCUUUGCCGCUAAAAAUCGGACGAUAUCGGCGGCACCAUCACCAUUAUUUUUCGCCGCGAUCAGAAGAUUUUCGGACUGCGAACAAAACACCUCGAAGAAGACCAUGCCGGACCAGAAGAUGCUGCAGGCCACUUUGGAGGAGAGCGAUCCCGAGCUGGCCAAUCUCAUCAAGAAGGAGAAGGAGCGUCAGCGCGAGGGACUCGAGAUGAUUGCCAGCGAGAACUUCACCUCGGUGGCGGUGCUGGAGAGUCUGAGCUCCUGCCUGACCAACAAGUACUCGGAGGGUUAUCCCGGCAAGCGCUACUAUGGCGGCAACGAGUUUAUCGACUGCAUCGAGCUGCUGGCCCAGAAACGCGGCCUCGAACUGUUCAACCUCAGCGGGGAUCAGUGGGGCGUCAAUGUCCAGCCAUAUUCGGGGUCGCCGGCCAAUUUGGCCGUCUAUACGGGCGUGUGCCGGCCACAUGACCGCAUCAUGGGUCUGGAUCUACCCGAUGGUGGCCAUCUAACCCAUGGCUUCUUCACGCCCACCAAGAAGAUCUCCGCAACAUCGAUCUUCUUCGAGAGCAUGCCGUACAAGGUGAACCCCGAGACGGGCAUCAUCGAUUACGACAAGCUGGCCGAGGCAGCCAAGAAUUUCCGUCCGCAGAUCAUCAUUGCCGGCAUCUCGUGCUAUUCCCGCCUGCUGGAUUAUGCCCGUUUCCGUAAGAUUUGCGACGAUGUCGGUGCCUAUCUGAUGGCCGACAUGGCCCAUGUGGCUGGCAUUGUGGCCGCCGGCUUGAUUCCCUCGCCGUUUGAGUAUGCCGACAUUGUGACCACCACCACGCACAAGACCCUGCGCGGUCCACGUUCCGGUGUGAUCUUCUUCCGCAAGGGCGUCCGUUCCACCAAGCCCAAUGGCGACAAGAUCCUCUACGAUCUGGAGGAGCGCAUCAAUCAGGCUGUGUUCCCAUCCCUGCAGGGCGGUCCACACAACAAUGCUGUGGGCGGCAUUGCCACGGCCUUCAAGCAGGCCAAGACACCGGAGUUUAAGGCAUAUCAGACGCAGGUCCUCAAGAAUGCCAAGGUCCUGUGCGAUGGCCUGAUCUCUCGUGGCUAUCAGGUGGCCACCGGCGGCACUGAUGUCCAUCUGGUGUUGGUUGAUUUGCGCAAGGCUGGUUUGACCGGCGCCAAGGCCGAGUACAUCCUGGAGGAGGUGGGCAUUGCCUGUAAUAAGAACACUGUGCCCGGUGAUAAGUCAGCGAUGAAUCCCUCGGGCAUUCGUCUUGGCACACCGGCCCUGACCACACGCGGUCUAGUCGAGAAGGACAUUGAGCAGGUGGUGGCCUUUAUCGAUGACGCCCUGAAGGUCGGUGUCGAGGCGGCCAAGGUGGCGGGUAGCCCCAAAAUGGCCGAUUACCACAAGGUGCUCGAGGAGAAUGCAACGGUGAAGGCGAAGAAGGAUGAGAUCAGCAAGUCGGUGGUGGAGUUCAGCAGGAAGUUCCCGCUCCCGGGACUGGAGACCUUCUAAGGAGACUGGAGACCUUCUCUGAUAAUUUUUACCUCUCUUUUGGCAGUAAAUUUUGUAGUAGUUAAGUCAUUAAACGCAUUUCGAAGCCAUUCUAACAUA